CGACACGAUGUUAAAGAUGUCGUGGAGAUUGCAUUAAAAAUUAAUCUUGAGGGAGUUUUUCACGUAUGUAUUUUUAUUUUGUCUUUAUGUAUUGUGAUUCUCUUGACAUUAGGAAUUAAUGGCUACGGCAGCCGCCUUGAAAGCAACUACAACAAACCUUCAAGAGAAUUUUAAUAAAUUCAUCAUUAGCGUGGAGUCAUUCAAGGUUGUAUUUCACUAUUAAAACCAUAUUAAAAUAUCCUAUGCACUUUAGAAACCUAAUGUAGCAAAUUAGGAAUGAAGGCCUAGCUUUAUAAUAAAAUAUUAUUUUACUAUAGCAACAUUAUUGCUGAAAUGUCAAAAUACAACAAACCCUAAUAUACGGAGCAGUGAUCUUCUAUUUUAAUAUUAUUUCAAUUUGAAUUGAUCGGUAUUUUGCUAACAAAUAGUCGCACAUAGCUGCAGCAAUGGUUGGAUCAUUGGUUCUCAUGAAAUUGCUACAUUGCAGGCGUUUACGCCAUGGUAAGUGUAAGAACAAGAGUACUGAAGACAUCGUAAUUGCUCAUCACUCCAAAGUAAAGAAGGAGCCCAACGCGCUUGAGGACUACACGUGCAGAGUGUGUCUCAAGGAAGGUAAUAUCCCUCUGUAUGGCGAGGACGCCCGUACAGACAUAGUAGAAAGCUUGAAUAUGUUUGGAGGCAUUGAAGUACAGAUUGACGACAUAUUUCCCAAAUACUUAUGUGAACCGUGUCAUUCUCUAUUGGAAGGCGCGAUUUUAUUUAGAAAAACUGCUCAACAAUCUGAACAGACGUUAAACGAGGCUACAGAACACAAUUUAAACUUCAACAAUGAUAGUGAUCAUAACUAUGAUGGUACCGAACAUAAAGUAGAAGUGAAACCUAACUAUCAUUGCCGCCGUUGCAAUUUAGAUUUUAGCCUAUUUCAAGAUUACAAUGAACACAAAGCAUCUAUAGAACAUGAGAAUAUGAAGAUAAGAUGUCCAAUAUGCUGUAAUUUGUAUUCAGAAUCUUAUUUGAAAAAGCAUCUGUUGUUGCACAAACCAGAGGAUGUUCCAUUUGUUUGCGAUAUCUGUGGCAAGAAGUUCAUCAUGCAGGGACAGUUUACAAGGCAUCGAUUGACACAUUUUUAUGAUUUACCCUUCAAAUGUUCUCUUUGCCCGUAUAGAGGUAGAUUUACCGAGUCCUUAAAAAUGCAUAUGAGAACCCAUACUGGAGAUAAACCGUAUCAAUGCUCAGAGUGUGCUAAAUGUUUUAUAAGUAAAAGUAAUCUUAACAAACAUAUGCAUGUGCAUAAAGCGGAGCAUGAUUUUAAAUGUGAAACUUGCGGAAGAGGCUUUAAUACGAAACGGGCUUUAGACCUACAUUUCAAAGUUGAUCACACCGGUAUUAAGGACCAUCUCUGCAAUAUCUGUGGUAAAGCAUUUGGAUAUCGGAAACAGAUGAUGAAGCAUCAACUGAAAGUACAUAAAAGAGAGAAGAUGAGAACUGGAAGAAUGCCAUUGUAUUUACAGGUUGAAUCUUUAGAAAGAAAUGGAAGAAAUGCUCCUAUUUCAGAUAAUGUUAUGUAGUCAGUCAUAGAAAAUUCUGAUGUUAUUUUUGGAUUUUUGUGUGUUUAUUUCUUUAUUCUUUCAUGUAUGUACUGAGGAUUAAACAACCAGAGUCGCCUUUAAGAGCUUACCCCUCUGUCGAAAAACCACAGCUAAUGGUCAUACAUAUUGUAUGGACUGCUGUUUAUAUGACAUGACUAUUUGUAUGUUACAUUAAAAUAGCUAUACAUUUGAAGUGCCCCUCCCCGGCAAAAAUCGGCAGUCUAUUUUGUACAGAAAAUUACCAACAAGGUACCUCCAGUUGUUAAAUCCUCCAAGUGUAUGUAUUAGGAAAUCAUGCCAAUCAUUCAAAGGUGAAAUAAUGAUUGAAAGGGGAAAAAAAUGAUAUAAUGAUUGAAAUUUUGCUGAUGGUAUAAGUCAGCAAUUCUACCUAUGAUAUGUUGAUUAUUUGUUUAGUAGUUGCCUGUAAAUAAAUAAUGAAAGAACCUAUCAUAA